AUGGUGGUCUCUCUGCAAGUGGAGCAGCAUGGAGAACUUGGGACUGCAGCAUGGCUGAGCCUUAGCAGCAUUUCAUCAGCCCUAGGCCCAGGUGCUGCCUGCAAGCGAGAGCUGAUUCCGCUUUCUGGUGAUCCCUGUAUAGCUGCAGCAAGAUCCUACCCAACAAAUGGUGCUCAAUAUGUACAUGGUCAAGAUUGGAAAAUCAUACCCAAAUUCUAUUGUUGUCCAAUUGAAGGGUACCCUAGAGGUCUCGGAAGAUCAUUUUCUCAGUUUUCUCUCGUAAAAGAGCACUUUUUGAAAAUGCAUGCUGAGAAGCAGCAUAAAUGCAAUGAGUGCAGCAGUGCCUAUUGUACAAAGUUAAACUUGAUAAGGCAAACAGAAGAAUGUUGCAAGACAUUCCAGUGCACAUGCCACUGUCCCUCCAGCAGAACAACAUUACAGUCUCACAUUUGGUAUGAGAUCCCUGCAGAACAUAGAGAUCCACUUAUUAAAAGCAAUGGAAACUACCAACAAAACCAGAAGUUAUCUAUUAAGACCAUUGAACCAGUGAGCACCCAAUUAACCCCUCAAUCAAAUGCUCAAGAACUAUAAACUUCAGAUAUAAAAUUAAUAACCUCUUUUGUAGGUUCAUGCAGCUUUAAUGCCAUAUAGCAGAGUGUCACAACACCUCUGAGAUAUCCUAAGAUGGUUCUACCAAAGACCAAAGUGGCUCUGGUUAAACUUCCUGUGCCUUUCUUUUGCCUACCUCUGACUCUUUGCCUGAGCCUGUGGCAGUUCGGUUAGAAUUAGGACUCUACCGCAGGUCCUUGGUACUUGGAGCCCUUAACAGUAGGAACCCUAAGCCUUUGCCAAGAGUCAGAGGCUUGCUGUCUUAAAGAGAGCAUACCUCUAAAAAUUAUAAAUCCUGUUGUUGAGCCAGUAAGUACCAGCAUUGAAAUGAACUUUGUUAAAAUCUGUAUAAUGUUUUAUAUGAAUACAUAUCAAAAGAAUGGUAUUUCUUCAAUCAAUAUACAGAUGGAUCUGUCCUAUGCCUCAUAAAACCUUAUACCUUCUGCACAGUGGUUUGGCCUUGACUCCUCCAUGUCAUUUUGUUCUCAGACUUAUCUGUCACUUGGUUCUCAAGAAUCCCUUUUCAUUAGUAUUUAUACCCAGAUGCUUCUGAACAUUUCUGUGGUAACUUUAUCUAUAGCUUCUCAGAGUGAUGUGUUUAUGGACCCUUGUUAUCAGCCUGGUGGUAUCUCCAGAGAAACCCAGACCAGUUGGAUGCAAACUCCUGCAGAAGGCCAAGUACAGAGGGGAAAAGCUAGAAUGUACAGAGACAUUUUUGAGAGUGUACUUUCAUCUCACAGUGUUCCUGCAGACAAUUUUAUAAGCAGCAGCUUAGUAGCAGAGACAGUUACUCAUAGUUUGUUAACUCAGAAUGAUCCUAAGACUUUAAAUCAACAUAUUGAGAAAUCUGCUCCAAUUUGGGGCUUCAAUGCACAGAAUAGUAUGCUUCCUUCACAGAACAUGACAGAUAAUCAGACCCAAGCCAUAGAAUUAUUAAGUGAUUUAGAAAACAUCUUCUGAAGUAAUCUGCCUCAUCAGACAUCGGAUAUGUGGUUUUUGUCUGAUGCAAAUGGUGGGCCUGACACUCAGAUGCCAUCUGGCCAAAUCCAGAAUCCUGAAAUAGGUUUUGAUAUUGAAGAAUUCUUCCCAGCUUCAAAUAUCCAGACUGAAACUGAACAUAGUGAAUUUAGCACUGGGAACACUGAGCCAGUCUUGGAAUCACUGGACAUAGAGAUUCAUACUCACUUCUUAAUUUCAGACUCAUCUGCCCAGCCCUAUGGUUGCAGGGCAAAUUCUCACUUCCUAGGCCUUGAGAUAUUUGACACACAAAUGCAGACAGACUUAAACUUUUUAGACAGUAGUGCUCAUCUGCCCCUUGGCAGCAUCCUGAAACACUCCAGCUUUUCCAUGGGCAAUAAUUCAUCUGACACAGAGACCCAGAUUGAAGGACUCUCCUCUGCUCCAAACCUAUCUGAUCUGGGUUCAUUAAAUAGUACAGAAACACAGAACAAGUGUUCAAGUUUUGAAACCCUGGAUAGCUGGUUCUUCACCAUCAAUAAAACUCAGACAGCAAUGGAUGACUUUCUUCUGGCCAACUUCUCCUGGAACAUGAUGAAGUCCCUGUUCAGCUCUGCAGAAAUUCAGAUGUGUCCCUACCCGCACACAAUCUCCAACUCUAAAUAUAAAGUCCACAUAGGAUGGUGCUUACCAUUUCCUUCCAGAUGUAGAAAAUUGUGA